UUUUCCUGAGCAAGCUUUUAAGUGAUUGUUUGUUGGCAAUUAACAAAAGCAGAACCAAACAAACAACUGUUAUUGCAGUGAGUGGCUUGUGAGAGUAACACAUGAUUUUGCCUAUGGAAAAAGGUGCUAACAGUCUAACACACAGCACAGCACAGCACAACACAGAGGUUAAUGCUAAGACCCCAAAAAAGUAAAAGGGGUGGGUCAUGAAAUGAGGUAAAUUUCACAGCAAAGAAAAGAAAGGAAAAAAAAAUCAAACACAAAACAAACUCAAUUCGACUCACACUCCCACCACACUACAUAGCAUAGAGAUCUAUUCUCUUCUCUCUGCAAAAGUAAAAAGCUUUGCAAGCACCCCAACAUCUAAAUCCAGAAAGAAAGGCCAUUUCUUUACAUCUUCCAUGACCUGGGUAAGGUUUGUCUCUGAGUGAACCAGACAAACCUUUGCUCACUCUACACACUCUCACACACACAAAAAAAAACUAACCCAUUCUCUUUCUCUCUGUCUCUCUCUUUGUUACAUCUCUUUCUGCCAGCUCUUUGUACCAACAUGUCAUUGCAAGUUAGGUUUUUUUUUUUUUUUUUUUUGCUGGUCCCAGAGUGAAAACUUUGGUUUUUCUUCAUCCCUUCUUCCCUUGAAAAGAACUUAAGGGAAAAGUGGUGAAAGAAAGUGGAAGGAUAACAGUCCUCUACAGUUCUCUUUCUGGUUGGUGCUGUCUGCAUUUGUGUGUGUGGUUUUUUGUGCUUUUGUACUUCUCCUUCAGAGUUUGGGUUUUUAUUCAUACUGAAAGAUGAGGAAGAAUGGGUGGCAGCUACCUUAUCAUCCUCUCCAGGUGGUGGCUAUUGCUGUGUUUAUGGCUCUGGGGUUUGCCUUCUAUGUGUUCUUUGCUCCUUUUGUUGGAAAGAAGAUGUAUCAGUAUGUUGUAAUGGGCCUCUACACACCCCUGAUUACUUGUGUCUUUGGACUGUACAUUUGGUGCGCAGCAUCUGAUCCUGCAGAUCCUGGGGUUUUCAAGUCCAAAAAAUAUCUUAAAAUUCCAGAUAGCAAAAAGCUUGAUGGACUCAAGAAUUCUAAACUAGGAGGGGAAUCAACUUCGUCGAUGCAUGAUGGAAAUGCUUCAACUGUUGGACCAAAAUCGGCUGAUAAGGAAGAAUUGGGAACUGAAGCAAGUUUUAAAGAUGCUUCUAUUUUUACUGAGAAGAAAAAUGCAUCAUCACCUUCUUCGUCCUGUCUUCUAUUGGUUUGCUCUCCUUGUGCUUAUAUCUGUGGUUGCUCAAGUUCAAGUAACGAAUCUUCUGAACAACAAGCAAGUGAAGAUGGCAUGUUCUAUUGCAGUUUGUGUGAAGUUGAGGUCUUCAAGUAUAGCAAGCACUGUAGAGUUUGUGACAAGUGUGUUGAUCGCUUUGAUCAUCAUUGCAGGUGGCUGAACAACUGUAUUGGGAAAAGGAACUACAGAAAAUUUUUCACCCUUAUGGUUGCUGCUCUCCUCUUGCUUAUUCUUCAGUGGUUGACUGGGAUACUUGUGCUUAUCUGCUGUUUUGUUGAGAAGAAGAAAUUUUCUGUGGAUAUCUCCUCCAAAUUAGGGAGCAGUUUCUCUCUGGUUCCCUUCGUUAUUGUGGUGGCAGUUUGCACCAUUUUGGCUAUGAUUGCUACCUUACCCCUUGCUCAGCUGUUUUUCUUUCAUAUUCUUCUCAUUAAAAAGGGAAUCACCACAUAUGAUUACAUCAUAGCUUUGAGGGAGCAGGAGCAGCAAGGUAUUGGAGGUCAGCAGAGUCCCCAAAUGUCUCCUGUUAGCUCCCUUACUGGAAUGAGCAGUGCAAGCUCUUUUACUACAUUCCAUCGUGGAGCAUGGUGCACACCCCCACGUCUGUUCCUUGAAGAUCAGUUUGAUGUAGUGCCCCCAGAAACAGCUUCUGUAAGCUCGCUGGGAAAGAAGACAAUGAGAGAUGAGCCGGUUAAGAAAAAGAAUACCGGAGCAGUCAAAAUCAGUCCAUGGACCCUGGCGCGGUUGAAUGCAGAAGAGGUUUCCAAGGCUGCUGCAGAAGCAAGAAAAAAAUCGAAGAUUCUUCAGCCUGUGACAAGACAUAAUAACGAACCAUUCAGGCUGGAUCCAGACCACAACUCAGGCAGCAGUGGCCGGCGAAUGAGCCCCAGGAUCGAGACCAACAGAAGACGGCCCGGUAAACGGAUUCGCCUGCCUGCUGACUUGCCUGUGGAGGCCAUGCCAAAAUUUUCUGCCAGCAACACUGACAAAAUUUUCAGUGGAACAUCUAGUUUUGCGCUUCUCCAGCUCGAAGCACGAAGUGCAUUUCAACCAAGUCAAGCAGUGUCAAGCUCAGCUGGGAUUGUUGCUUCCUCUCCUGAAAGCAGUUUAGACUCGCCUGACAUUCACCCGUUUCGUGUGUCUACGACCGAAGCCGAAGAAGCAAGAAGGCUUGCUGGUCUUUCUGCUGCCGCCACUGCGAACCUGAAGGGAAUCCCUCUGUCAAGGUCAACUAGUGAUGGAUAUGAGGCCUCUGGUGGGGAGGAUAGUGACAGGGUUCCCACCAGGAUUGUUCAGAGGUCCACAAAUUGGACUAAUCUGCUCUUCAGUGCUGAUCAGGAGGAGAGAGCUUUUGAGACAAAAUCAUCAUCUAGCAUGGUUUAUAGCAGAAAGUUGUGACCAAUUUGGGUAUUAAUUAGACAAAACUAUUUUCAGAUUAUAUUGAUGGGAAUUGUUCAUUCUUUGAUUUGUGAGCCCAAAGGUACUUGUUCAACUUCAACAACCCUUAACUCACCUCUUGAGGUUGAGUUGAUGCCCCUCAAAGUUUUGGAGGUAGGCUAAGUGGGAAGUGGGAACCCAUGUACAAAGUUUUAGGUCACAGUAACUGAUUGAGUUUCCCAAUAUAUUGUUUUCUGCUCCCUAUUUUGAUAAAAUUUUAACCAAGCAGGUCCUCUCAUCUUAAAAUAAA